AUGGAAAAAUCUGUUCUUUGUGAGAGAAAUAUAACAUUCACCACUGUUUUACAUUCUUCCAAACCACUAAAAUUACCACCAGAACAAUUAAUAAGAAAUAAUGUGGGACUAAAAGAGAAACGAGUGGAAGCUGAUGUAUCUAAAUUGAGAAAAGAAAUCAUUAUUCCAAUCACUAUUGUCUUAUCCUUGGCGUCAAUAAUACUUAUCGCUGUAAUCAUCGUCUAUCAUUGCAGAAGAAAACGAAGAAAACAAGAUGCAUCGAUUAUCUCCGUAAAUGAUUCACAAAUGAAAUCCAAUGAGAGGACAGAUAUGAAGUUAAAAUCAGAUAUUGGAGGUGUACCAAAUUCAUCUAAAAUUUAUCCCACUAUUGUGAUUUCCUCAGAAAUUCCACCUGGUUCACCUGUAAUAACUUCAAAUACACCACCGCCAAUAUGUAGAGUGGAUUUGAAACGAUAUUCUUCGGGAAAAAGCUUUUCGUCAAUUUGA